UUUUCAUCUUCUCUUUGGAGAAGCCCUCUGACAAUCGCGAGGCCCAGUGAAACGUCAAGUGUCUUGAAUCUGUAAUUAAGAGGGGAAGAGCGAAACAUAGAUGUGGAUUUUUGGGGGGAAGGGGCCUUCUGGAUACUCUGCUCGCUCUACAGCUGAAGAAGUGACUCAGGGAAUCGAUGGAACUGGUUUCACUGCAAUUGUCACAGGUGCCUCUAGUGGUAUUGGCGUGGAGACUACAAGAGUUCUUGCUUUACCCGGAGUCCAUGUUAUAAUGGCCGUGAGGAACGUGGAUGCUGGUCGAAGUGUCAAAGAAGCUAUACUUGAGGAGCUCCCAUCUGCUAAGAUUGAUGUGAUGGAGUUAGAUCUCAGCUCUAUGGCAUCUGUUAGGAAAUUUGCGUUAGAUUAUCAAUCAUCCGCUCUUCCCUUGAAUCUUCUUAUUAAUAAUGCAGGGGUAAUGGCAUGUCCCUUCACGCUUUCCCAAGACAACAUAGAACUGCAGUUUGCAACAAACCAUAUAGGUCAUUUUCUUCUGACAAAUCUUUUGCUGGAGAUCAUGAAGAAAACGUCACAGGAAAGCAAUGUAGAAGGAAGGGUAGUGAAUGUUUCCUCAGGGGGUCACCGCCUUGCAUACCGUGAAGGAAUUCGUUUUGAGAAAAUCAAUAAUGAAACGGAGUACAACGCUAUACAAGCCUAUGGACAGACGAAGCUCGCAAACAUAUUACAUGCUAAUGAGCUUGCAAGGCGCUUAAAGGAAGAAGGGGUUCAGAUAACUGCUAAUUCACUUCAUCCUGGAGUUAUAGUGACCAAUAUUGCUCGCCACCACGGCAUUUUCAAUGGUAAAUCUCCAUGCAGGGCGAGUAGCAUUAUUGAUGCCAUGGCUAAGAAAUGCGUCCUGGCAUCAUGAUAAAAUUUUGUUCCACGUGCAAACUUGUCAUACGUAGGACUUAAACA